AUGACUUAUGUUCUGCUUUUACAGCCAAUAUAUGAAAUUGAAUCACAAGGCUCAGAAUUACGAUCUAUGCGUCCAGAUGAGUUGAAAUAUUUGACGGAUACGUUGAGUAAAAGGUAUUCUCCAUAUUCGAAUGCUACGGAUUCUAUGAAACGAUCAAGGGAUAGUGUUUCAUUUCUUAAAGAGUAUUCUCCAUAUUCAAAUGCUACGGAUUCUAUGAAACGAUCAAGGGAUAGUGUUUCAUUUCUUAAAGAGUACAGUCCGAAUGAUGUGCUGGUAGUGAACUUCCGUCCUGAAUCUGAGGUUCCUUGGGGAAUAUCAGGAGAGUCGAUGAGUGCAUUGAUUGAACAACUCAAAGGCAACUCGUCCAUCAGCUUUAUUGUGACGGUAGAAAUUUCUCGGCCGUAUGAUACGCAGAAGAAGGAAGCAGUGAAGCAUUCAGCGGUUUGGUCACAAGACAUAGCACCAAAUACAACGUUACGAUCGCAGUGGAUUAGUAUGCUUGAAAAUCCUGGAGUUGGUGAAACGGUUUUGAUGUCAGAAGCGUUCCCCAGCUAUCUAUUAGUCCCUAGCGAAGGUGCCGUAAUUCUACCGACGCCUAUAGUGGCAGCUAUACAACUGAAUCAGGACAACUACCAAAGACCGGACAAUGCUACUGACAGAGAUUGGUUUGAUACACUGAAGCUAUCACUUGUCAACUCAUCAGCAGGCAAUGUGUGGGUUGUUGAAGCGCAACAUCCUACGCAAUUCACUAGCGUUUACUUCAAUGCGUCCAAAAUUACGUACGGAACACAUCGUGAUCGCACCUAUGUGCAGACUAUCGCAUUUGUCGACAAAGCUUUCCCGUCGUUCUUCGCGAAAUAUCUUCAAGGAGGGUAA